UCUGGAUACAACGCAAAUAUUAUCCAUUCUUAUUAUUCGUACAUUCACAUGGCAUUAGAGGAAUUUAAUUUUUUUAAUCAAAAUUGACAACCUCCACUUUUAAGAUUUAUAUGGAAACUUUGUAAAAAGUAUUCGUAGCCCUUGAAGUUGUUCACCUUUUGUGACGCUAUAAUCACAAACUUUCUUGUAUUUUGUUUAGAUUUUACAUUAUAUACCAACACAAAGUUGCACAUAAUGUGACGUGGAAUGGAAAUAAUAGAGUUUGGAAAUAAAGUAUGGUCCACCUGCAUACCUACUAAGACUCUGGAUGAGCUACAGAAAUCCAACAGCUCAGCUGGGAGAUUCUGUCCACAGGACAACUGUAAAUUGGACUCUACAGCCAUUUUCCGCCCUUCCAUAAUACUUAGAAACUAUUUCAUUUAACGGCCUUUCCCAUGACAUGAAAAUAUUUUAUAGGGAGAGCUGAAGAUCAACCACCGUUUUUUACUCAUUCAUCCAAUUUUCAAUGUAUGACUGCAACAGGGUAAACGUCACCGCCGUGUCAUGGCAACCUGGUUGACGCCAGCUGACACCGGCCGAGGGUGAGGGGCCAAGUCCGACUGCGUCACUCGCCCACCCUCUCACUUCUCCCCUCUCCUCUCCUUCCUUCCUCCGUCUUUUUCCUCCCCCUCCGGGCGUCUGUGACGUGCACUUCGAAAGUGGGACCUGCCCUCCCGUCGCCAUUUUUUUUUUUUUUUUUUUUAAAGUCGUACUCGCACUCCUCGGCGGCUGUGUGGAGGGGCGACGGGCGGUGUGGAGAGCCAAGUGCUACGGGGAAACGACGCGGAGGAAUAUCAGCGACGUGCCUGACAUGCACGCGCCGAGCCGCCGUUGUGUAAGAAUCUCCUCUCGUGUGGCGGGCCGCCAUCUUUCUCCUUCGCCGCCUCCAAAGUCCGCUGCGACUCGACAACGGGGGCUCCGAGUAGGCCUUUCCGCGACGCGUGUGCCGAGGAGCUUCUGCUAAGUCAUUUCCACCCCGCGGCGACGUCGAGCCGACAUGAGGAAUUAUCGGACGAACAACUGAGCCCCCCCUUCUUCUCAGCAACCCUCCACCGCGUCGUCGUCGCCCUCUUCUCAGAACCGACACAGACCGGAGGAGCUAAAUUACGAGGCGAGAAUCCUCGGCGUCUUCUCGGAAGGAGCAAACAAAAGAGGAAGCUUCAUCGAUUUUUUUUUUUUUUUGUGUGCUCAGUUCAUGUUUAUCUGUCUUAAGUUAUUUUUUCCUCCUCGGACCGAGCCCAGUAUGGUCCGAAGUUGGCUCGGAGCUACCUGUAUGUGAGCACGCCAGAGAUGUCCACUGCUCGCUUUGACUCAUCUGAUCGCUCGGCCUGGUAUUUUGGACCCGUGUCCCGCCUCGAGGCACAGAAUAGGUUACAAGGACAGAGACAUGGCAUGUUCCUGGUUCGAGACUCGUCCACCUGCCCGGGGGACUACGUCCUGUCGGUUUCCGAGAACUCCAAAGUGUCUCACUAUAUCAUCAACUCUUUGCCCAGCAAGAGGUUUAAGAUCGGGGACCAGGAGUUUGAGCACCUGGCUGCCCUUUUGGAGUUCUACAAAAUUCACUACCUGGACACGACCACGCUGAUAGAACCGGCUCCCAGGUACCCAAGCACAGUGAGCGGUCCGAUCCAGCCCAUGGGCGGCCAAGAGGAGAACCUGGAGUAUGUUCGGACUCUGUAUGACUUCACUGGGAGCGACGCGGAGGACCUCCCCUUCAAGAAGGGCGAGAUUCUCAUCAUCCUCGAGAAGCCCGAGGAGCAGUGGUGGAGCGCCAAGAGCAAAGACGGCCGCGUCGGCAUGAUCCCCGUUCCCUACGUGGAGAAAUUGGUACGACCCUCGCCCCACCCUGGUCAGCCGACACUGGGAUCCCGCAACUCCAACAGCUACGGCAUACCCGAGCCCUCGCACGCCCUAGUCCACGCCUACGCCCAGCCGCAGACCCCGUCGCCGCUGCCGCCGGGCACUCCCGGAGCUGUCAACACGCCGCUGCCGUCGUUGCAGAACGGACCUGUCAUGGCUAAAGCCAUCCAGAAACGAGUGCCCUGCGCCUAUGACAAAACGGCUCUUGCUUUGGAGGUGGGCGACUUGGUCAAGGUGACGCGGAUGAACAUCAACGGUCAGUGGGAGGGAGAGGUAAACGGACGCAGGGGCCUCUUCCCAUUUACCCAUGUGAAAAUCCUAGACCCCCAGAACCCGGACGAGAGCGACUGACUGACCUGAGCAAGGGUAGACCUCCUUGCCCCCGGACCGAGCCGUACGCAAGUCCGCCCUAGUCUACCACCCAAUGUCACCGUGCUUUUUCUUGCUUGGGGCUGUACCCUGUCAAUGCCCCCUCCCGAACGUCCCCUCGCUGGCUCUCGAUCCCUCUUCCCCCCUCUUCUUGCCACUGCUGUUGCCAACUGCUGCAAGGCUUUGACUGUUUACAUCCUUGGAUCGCUCCAAACUAAACGUGGACUCCCCUGACAAGCAGUGUCUGUACACCGGGUUCCGUUUGACUUCAUCUCUAAUGUAUAUUUACCACAUGACAUGUUUUGAGUGUGUGCAUGUUGUGAUUAUUUGUGCAAAUUGUUGGGAGGCAGGCAACGAGGCAACAACAUAUUUUCUCCAAGCCAUCGAUUCUGUCUUACCUUAAUUAAGCGCAUGCAUGACUCCCUACGGAGUUCACGUGCAUCCAUCGCUAAUUCCACUCUACAUGAUUUGUGUCAUUUUUCUAUGACUUGUGUCACCCGGACUCUAUGUCUAGUUUGCGACGGACCGGAUGUACAUAGGCAGGAUGUCGUCAUGUGUCUCUGAGCUCAAGACGUCGUGCGUGACGUCUACAUGAGUUGGAAUCUGAUGACACUGAGCUUUGAGACUGGACUUCCGACGCUAGCAGUGGUGGGGAACCUAGCAUAGUGAUGGCCCACAUCCAGUUCUUGAAAAAAAAUGCUCAUAAUAUAUCAAACAUCUAGCAUAAUGGAUCAUGUUUUCAGAAAUUUAGUGUGGUAGGGAAAUGGUUCCCCACCCCUCUACGAUGAACAGGUUCAGAUGAAACAUCCCCCAAGCCAAUGAGUCCAUAAAUGCCUUUUUUUCAGCGAAAGAUAAAUACAUUAUUGCAUUCAGUGUUGUUGUUUUUAAAUAUUACUCCUCCUUGUCUAUUUAGGAUUUUAACAAGCUUUUUAUUUCCUUUUGUUCAAAUGUUGGGCCCGCACAGCCGUCGAUCUCGUUAUGCAAGCUGCCUCGUGUCGGUUGUGGAAAUGUUGAUUCUGUUUUAAGUGUAGGAGCCGAGCCCCCACCCCUCCACCCCCACAUCUGACAUAUCUGCUGUAAAAAAAAAAAAAAAAAAAAAAAAAAAAAAAAGAGAGGACAAAAAAAAAAGACCUGCCUCUGUUACCUAUUUUUGGUUUGUUUUAGUUUUUUUCAAAUGACUUUUUAUUUGGUCGGAUGAGUUGCCGUGACUGAUUUUGAGUGACGCUGUUCAACAAAAGGGAAAACAAGGCCUCCUGGCCGUGGAGACACUUGUGGGCACAUGCUGCUUUAUGUCGUACAUUUCUUAUAUUGUUCUUUUACAACCUCCCGGUCUUUCCACUUGAUCUGAUCUACUAGUUAAGCAAUACACCCCCCCCCCCACCCCAUCCCCCUGAUCGUCAGUGACCCACCUUGAGAUGAACUUGUCGUGCUUCUCGGUUGUUUUGUAAUGGCAUUAACAGUAUUACUGUGUCCCCUGACUCUUAGGAAAGCCCGUCUUUUACUUAAGAAUUAAGAAUUGUGCCUUUUAUUUUCUUAUACCAUUGACACGUGUUAAUAUUUCCCAUGGUUAACACCUGUGCCGGUAUUGACCCUUUAUGUACAGAAAAAGUAAAUAAAAUUUACAUCAACGAGUUGAA